GGGUGGUGCCCAACGUUUUCCCUGCCCUCCCCUCGCAGGGAGAGCCAAGUGGAGCUGCGGGAACACAUCGACAGCCUGGCCACAGAGCUUUGCCGCAUCAACGAGGACCAGAAGGUGGCCCUGGACCUCGACCCUUACGUGAAGAAGCUGCUCAACGCCCGGCGCCGGGUGGUGCUGGUCAACAACAUCCUGCAGAACGCCCAGGAGCGGCUGAGGAGGCUGAACCACAGCGUGGCCAAGGAGACCGUGCGCAGGAGGGCGAUGCUGGAGGCCGGGGGCUACCAGGGCAAGUGAGAGCCAGGUAUCCUCCCUGUGGGAUCCCAGCCUUGGGAAUUUGGAGGAGGUGUCCCCCCUCU